UUUUUAAAAAGAGAGAAAUUUACGGCUCGUUUUUAAUAAAAAAGUUAGCAGGAGGAAAAAUAUGACAUAAAUGGAAGUAUAGGGUAAAAAGAGGAUGCUAAGUAUUAAGAGGAGGGGUUUAUAUUUAACGCAGAUCGGUCUCACUUCAGUAAGCAGUAGAGCUCAACGCCGGCGAUUGAUCGCCGAUCAGUAGCAUAAACUAAAAAUCAGAAAAUGGCGACGACGACGAUUCGUGUGAAUUUAUUGUUUUCGUUUUUCAUUUUAUUAGCGCAAUGGUCACCUGCACUUUCCGAUCUAGUUAUCACCAAGGCUGAUCGAAAGAUUGACCUAACCUCUCAAGUAAUGCGUGUGACUACGACUUUGAAGAUAGAGAAUCCUGAUAAUGAUCCAAUUUCGGAGGUUUUGUUACCAUUUGGAGAUGACCAUGCAAAAGAUUUAGCAUUUUUAGUGGCAACAACCAGUGAAGGGAAAGGGAAAACUAAAACUUCUUCCAGUAGCCUACCGAUUAAAGUUGUUAAACCUGAAGACAUGCCACCAUCAUUGACUUGGUACUCUGUCUCCUUACCGAAGAAGCUGGCAAAGGGACAGAGCCUGAAUUUGGAAGUCAGGACUGCAUUUACUCAUGCACUACAGCCAUUUCCUGAGAAAAUUACUCAAGCUGACAUCCAGCUUCUUGUGUUCCAGGAGAGUGCCUACUAUCUUUCUCCUUAUGCGGUUAAUGUCCAAACACUCGGUGUAAAAUUACCCGAACCAAAAGUCGAAUCAUAUACUAAGUUAGAGAACACCAAAUAUUCUGGUUCAGAAAUUAAAUAUGGACCUUAUGAGAACCGUCCUCCUUUCUCAUUCGCUCAGAUAGCCGUACACUUUGUGAGCAAUAAGCCAUUCGCAGUUGCCCAGGAGUUGGUGCGAGAGAUAGAAAUUUCUCAUUGGGGAAAUGUUCAGAUCACAGAGCAUUACAACCUUGUCAAUGCUGGUGCCAGAAGCAUUGGGGAGUUUUCAAGGCUAGAGUACCAGGCCCGGCCACAUCUUCGAGGUGCAUCGUCAUUUAGACAUCUUGUUGCCAAAUUGCCUCCAAGAGCCCAUUCCAUUUAUUACAGAGAUGAAAUUGGCAAUAUAUCGACAUCCAAUAUAUGGGGUGACUCGUCAAAGACAUUGCUAGAAAUUGAACCUAGGUAUCCGAUGUUUGGUGGCUGGAAAACUACUUUUACCAUCGGCUAUGGGCUGCCCCUCAAGGACUAUUUGUUCCAUGCAGAGGGAAAACGUUUCUUAAAUAUAUCUUUUGGUUGCCCAAUGGAUGAGGUGGUAGUUGAAAACCUUGUUGUGAAGGUUAUUCUUCCAGAAGGUUCAAAAGAUAUUUCUGUCUCGGUCCCUUUUCCUGUCAAAGAGUCGAGAGAGACGAAAUUUUCCCAUUUGGACAUGAUUGGCAGACCAGUUGUUGUUCUAGAAAAGACCAAUGCUGUGCCUGAGCAUAAUCAAUAUUUUCAGGUCUAUUACAGGUUCAGCAACCUUUCACUGCUUAGGGAACCAAUGAUGUUAAUUUCUGGAUUUUUCUUCUUAUUCGUUGCGUGUAUCAUAUAUAUGCAUGCGGACUUGACAAUUUCGAAGUCCUCUCCUUCUUAUCUCGCAAAACUGCAGUGGGAUGAGGUGCAGACUGCUCUUCAGCAGAUCCAGAGCAUAAUAAACCGUUGUUUGAGUAUUCACGAUAAACUUGAAGCUUCAUUACGAGAUCUAUCAAGGACUGGUGAUGUGCAAGCAUGCAAAGCUGCUCGUAAAUCAGCUGAUAAUAUGUUGAAGGAGCUUUCAAAGGAUUUGAAGCCUUUACUGUCAUUUUUGCAGUCUUCUACACUGUCUGCUUCAUCAUAUUCCAAGGUUGAAGAGCUGGUUGCAAAGGAGAAGGAGCUGCAAGAGAAGCUGAUGGUGAAACACACCACAGUUGCAGAUAGUUAUGAAAAGAAGUCUGGUGGUCGGGAUAUUGAGAACCGUAUUGCACCAAUCCAGCAAAGAAUUACAGCCUUGAGACAGGAAGUUGAUGAUCUUCUGGAAACAAUUGAUGAGAUAUAAUUUCAGUGCAGGCAACUUUGAUCCAUCAAACCAACAUAAUGGUUCUUGUAGUCAAUGUAGGGUCAAAUUUUUGUUGUGAGGUGAACAACAAGACUUAGGGUUCAAUUUGAGAUUUGAGUCGAUGCAGCUACAUGUUGAGAACCUGAAUUACUUUGUAGUUGUAGCAUUUUGGCCUUGUCCCGCUGCCGAAGCUUCUUGUUUGACUAUCAAAUGAGUGCUGUAGACAACUGUUUUUCAUAUUUACGUUGAGUAGUUAACCCAAAGGUUGCCAAAUUUCUAGAUCUUUUGGUAGAAUUUUAGUAGUAGUAAGCUGAAUGAAUGUUAUAAUAUCAAACUUCUGGUAAUGAUAGUAGUUUUACUUUAAA